AUGGAAUUCAUGAUUUACUAUACCUAUGCUGAUAUCAAAAGUUUUGCCGGAACUCAUUUAAAACAUCAUUCACUUUUGCACAAAAAUCAUCUAUCAUUAUCAUGUUCACAGUGUGGAAAAAGUUUCAGUUCAAAAGAAAAUUUAAGAAGACAUAUGAAUAUGCAUUUAGGUUUAAAACCAUAUACCUGUCAAAUUUGUCAUCGAGCCUACUCUCGAACCUCAGAAAGAUCUCAAUGCAUGAAAAAGCAUCGUCUUAAAGAAACUAACGCUGCACAAGUUGAACAGUCUUCACGUGACAGUGUUUAUAAUGAUUGGAGUUCUUCUGGUUUAUCCGCUUUACAAAUUGAAGACAAGAUUAAUCAAUCUCGUCCAAGACCAUAUGUAUGCCAAAUCUGUGAUGAUCAUAGGGCUUAUACUGAUCCAAGUUCACUUCGUAAACAUAUGCGUUCUUUUCAUGCUGACCUCAAAAAUGAAAAACAAACAAAAGACAAUGAUCCUGUUGGUGAAAUUUCAACAAAGCCGAUAACGCCUCCUAUCCCUCAGUGUGAUGAACCUAUAAGUCUUGUGCUAGAAACCUCAACUGUUGAUACUAAUCCAGUGGUGGAUGCAUUACAGUCAUCUUCUGAAAAUGCUUCGACUUUAGAGACUACCUCAUUUGUUGAAGUUGAUCCAAUUUAUGCGAAGUCUAUUACUCCAUCAUCAUAUUAUAAUGUUGUAAUAACUACAAUGGCUUCAGAUACGCCUAUCAAAAAUAUUAUGAUUACAAAUUCUAAUGAUUCUCAAGGAUAUCCUUUGGCACCUGGAUCAUCUUUUCAUCCUCAUUAUACUGUUGCAUUAACAGACUCUCUGCUGCCUUUGAUACCAGUCACAUCGACGCCAUCGAUGACUCCAGUAGCAGCAGCGGAAGCCGCAGGGGAAGUAUCAACAACAACAACGUUAAAGAGUGAAUAUGACAAUGAGGCUGCUGUAGAUCUAUGCAAUUCAGCAUUGUGCUUACAAGUUUACUCAGGCAAAACUCAUUCUUCUAUACCAUCAACAGUAAUGGAAAGAGUGGAUGCUUCAUCUCUCCCGUUGUCUACAUCAAAUCUAUCUAGUAUGGUGGUACCACAGUAUGUUACACAAACUAAUCAAAUUGUUAACAAUGGAUCAAUAUCUAAACGUUUAUUCUAUUCUAAUUCUGGUCUUGAUCUCACCGAUACACAAUACUUUACACUGACAGGAACAUCAAAAGCAGUUGACUUAUCCGCAGAUCCUUCUGUUGAUAUAAUUACUAUGAAUCCAAUUGACUUGAGCGCACCUCAUCAGUGUACAAUGUUUUUUGAUUCAACAAAUGAUUGUGCUGAUAAUUCAUUCUUCACAACACAUACAAUAUGGGAUCCUGAACCAGGAUUUAGUUUUACUGACCUAUUACUUACUAAUAAUGAUAAUGAUGAUUGUGUUGUUGAAGGUGAUAUGUCUGUAGAAUUCCCAGAAGUUAUAAUGUAUCCUGAAAAUAGUAUUUCUACAGAUUAUCGUCCCGGUGAAGUGAAUAUCACUCAUAACUCAUCAUCAUAUGAUGAAACAGUUAUUAAUAGUGAAUGCAGUAUGUCAGAUGUGUUCAUUUCAUCGUGUAAUAAUUAUUUCAUCCCAUCUAAUAUAUCAAAUUCAUUAUCCAGUAAAGAUUCAAUACCAAAUUAUUCGGAAUGUAUAAACUUAACUCCAUUUGGUGAAUUUCUCGUAUGGUCUGCUGAAGCUGUACUCUGGUUGCGUCGUACUUACAGAAUUAUUGGUCGUGCUUCAUAUGCCGUAGAAUCAUGUAAAAAGCUUCAUAAUCAAACAAAGAAACCAGAUCGAUUACCAGUUCGUUUAAAUUUUGAAGAAGUUGUCUUAUUACUCUCUAAAGGUUUUAUCAAUGGUCUGUUGUGUAGUAGACCAGUAUUAUCUGUGGCUAAACCAUCAGAGGAAACUAUCAAAGAAUAUAAUAAUGCUCUUUUGAAGAAUGCUGAAGAAAUGAUUGGUAUAUUUAAAACUCAAAGACGAUUAAAAUUAGUCGGUCAUUAUGGACAACUGGUGAAUGGUAUGAAAUUACGUCAGCAACGUAAACUCAUGGCUCAAACAUGUAAUACAGAAGUAUCCAGUGGAAUAAUGCCCUGUACAGAUGAUACAAAAAAUAUUUACAAAUCGCAAUUAUCUCCUUCAAAGUUAUCCACUCGUAAACGACGUUAUGAGCGACGUAUGUUACAGAAACAGUUAAAAAAGAAAAGGAACAUGAUGGACUCUUCGAUUCACUUUAAUGUUAAUGAUGAUGACAACGAUGAUGAAUAUGAUUGGUACAAUGAUAAUCAAGACUCUCCUGAAAUGACUGAUUCACCAAUUACUUUAGAUGAUAUAAUUUCUGAACAAACUACACAUCAAGGAGCAUCAAAGUCAUCUGUGAUAUUGAAUGAGAAACUUGAAGAAUCUCUACCUCAUAUACCACAACACUUACCGCGUCCUACCCCUGUUGAAUGGAGACGUCCUGGUGAAUAUGUUUUUGUUAGUUUACCAGAAACUGUAAUGUCUGAAGAUCUUUAUUCAGUUGUUCUUUGGUUGACUCAGUUAAUUCAACAACAACAACAAUGUAAAUCACUUGAUGGCUCUGAUAAGGAUGUUAAUGGUUGCAUUGCAGGAACUUCACUUACACAGCGUUUACAGUGUUGCUUUGUAUAUAAUGAUUUAUGGGAUAAAGGUUAUUAUAUUAGUACAUCUAGUGCUAAAAUGGGUGGAGAUUUUCUUGUAUAUCAAGGUGAUCCACUCUUAUAUCAUGGCAGUCAUAUUGUUACAGUGUGUAAUCCAAAGGAUGUAUUUCUUAAUUCACAGUUAUUAGUUAAAUUACGCAUUGCAAAUAGUUUGAAAAAGGUACUAGUACUAGCUACAGUACCUAGUAUAGAUAAAUUUACCAAGAAUUGUACACAAGAAACAGAUGAAGUUGAAAAUAGUAACAACCCAGUUAUUGUCCCUGAUGUUAACACCAUUAGUAACAAUAGUACUAAUAACAACAGCAAGGAUGACAAUAAUUGUGAUGUCAUUUAUUUAUCUUUGCAGUAUAUGUCUACACACUCGAAUACCAAUAAUAAUAAUCCGAUGUCUCCUAGAUCAUUUUUACAACGAUCAAAAUUAUCCUAA